GCUCGUCGGGAAAGAAGCUCUGAUGGGUGUGUAACUGUAAGGUCAUCAGCGUGUUCCAGACGAGUAGCGGAUCAGGACGCCUUGUCAAGGACUGGCUUUGUGGCUAGCGGCCACUUGUACUGCAGAGCGGUUGGCUUUGAAUGAUAAUUUGAUUUUACUGAGAACUUCUACACUACAGACUUCAUUUUGAAGAUAUCUACUCACCAUGGGUAACGCUAUAAGCAGAAUAUUUGGAAGAAGUUCUGCACCAGCGGAUAGUGCGGCGACUAGAUCGCACACACCAGCAGCUACUGAGCCAUCGGCUGGCAGUGCCAGUAGUGGUGGCGGCAGCGGAGGCAGUGCAGAAGCAACUGGCAAAAAGGUAUACAGCUGGGACAAGCGUCGUCAGGAGGGCAGUGUUAACACCGCACACUACGAGGUCAAGGACUUACAGAAUGGCUUUGUCGCCAAGAUGCCGGGUGAUGUUUCCGGGCAGAGUUUCAACAUCAGCCGAUGCUCGGACUCCACCAUCCUAGUGUUUGACCAGUGUGCAUCGGUUACUAUAGAUGAGUGUACUGACUGCACAAUUCUCAUUGGACCAACCAAUGGCAGCAUAUUCCUGCGUGACUGCAAGCGGUUGAACUGUGCCAUGGUGUGCAAGCAGUUCCGAGCAAGGGACUGCAAACGCGUUACCACCUUGCUCUGCUGUACAUCCAAUCCAACCUUGGAAGCAUCCAAACACAUGGCAUUCGGAUGCCUGUCCUUGUCAUAUAAGCAACUGGCCGAUCAGCUUGCCUCAGCUGGCAUUGUGGUGUUUGAUAACUCCUGGUUUGACGUGUUUGAUUUCUCACGGGAUAAUCUGGAGCCUGGCGAGCAAUGGAAGUUCCAACCUACGGUGGUUGGUAAGGAGGACAGUGUGCUCAAACUCCACAAAAUAGUCGAUGAUCACGCUGAAUUGGCAUCACUGGAGAUCACAACUAGUGUGGAGUCCAGCCAAGUUCCUUUCACUGUUGGAUAUGAAACUGGAUGUGAUUAUGACCAGAGUUCGUUGGCUGUAUUCUGCAAUGCUGAUCAAGAAGACGUGGCCGCCAUGAUGCGGCGCUUCACAACCUCUGUUGCCAUGGACACCAAGGCAAUUCAAGCCCUACGAUCACGUCGGACCACACUGACACAGGAGGACUGCAAAGAGGUGUUCUCCUAUGCUUCUGGUGAUAAGCAGACGACUUUGGCAAAGCAAGGGCCUAUCGUUGGUGUUCAACUGUCAGGCGAGGACAUUACGCAGGAAUGGUUUUCUGCACAUCUCGCCAAGUCAACAACAAGCACAGACCAACCGGCUGCGUUUUUCUUCAAUCACCAGGAUGCUGGCACCAAGUUCUUCGAUUUUGCCAGCAUGAUGUCAACGAGAUAGUCGAGUGAAUGAGUUACCUGUGCCAUGCACGGGUCAGGGCAGUACCCGUCUGCACAUCUCUACUAUGAUCUCAGAGCUUAUACAUGCAUGUUUGUUUGUUCAAGCCUUCCUGACCCUGUAUCUAUUGGACACUGUGCUUACAAUCCAUAUUCUAGUCAAGAUAUGCCGGACAUCUUGUAUGUGCAGCCGCUCCAUACACUGUUCUAUACACUUACCAGUUACUAUUGUCUAUGCAGGACCAUGACUUGUACUGGGGCCAGGACUAACAGCACUUUGAUGGGGCCGGCACGGGGCGGGUAUAAGACGGUGCUUACAGUAGAGAUAUGACGUGGCAGCUGUUCUUGUCUUGAGACUUAUUAAAUUUUGUUUUUCCAACAAUAGAAUUUAACAAAAAAAUCCACAGC